UCCAAAGUACUUGCAAAGACUGGGAGGCGACAAGUUGGAGGCUUAGUGUCAGCGGAACGUGGGCAGCUUGUUACAGUUGAGCUAUGCAUGAACGUCACAGGGACAUUUAUCCCCUUAUUCAUCUUCCCACGGGUCUGUAUGAAAAUGAAGCUAAUGAAUGGUGCCCCACCAGGAUCCAUUUACGCAUGUCAUAAGAGUGGUUGGAUGCAGCUCACCAUAUUCGUAGUCUGGUUCCAGCAUUUAAUUCAGGCAACAAGAGCAAGUAAGGAAAAUCCAGUUCUGUUGAUCUUGGAUAGUCAUGCUACUCAUGCGAUGAAUCUUGAAGUCAUUGAUCUUGCGAGAGAUAAAGAUGUUGUGCUACUCUGUCUACCACACCACAGCUCCCAUCGAAUGCAGCCGUUAGAUGUUAGUUUUAUAAAACCAUUGAUGACAUACUACGACCAGGAGUUUGAAAACUGGCUGCGCAACCAUCUGGGCCGAGUAGUGACAACUUUCCAGACUGCUGAACUAUUUGGCAAUGCAUUUACAAGAGCAGCAACUGCCCAAACUGCUAUGAAUGAGUUCCGGAAGACAGGGAUAUACCCAUCCAAUAGAGAUAUCAUUGAGCCACAUGAGUUUGCUGCUUGUGAGCCCACUAACAUUGGACCUCCGGAAGACAGGGAUAUACCCAUACAAUAG